AUGUCCUCGACCGCGGUUGUCCAGGAUGACGACCUCAUGGAGCCAACCCUCCAGUCGAUCGUGAACCAGAAAACACUACGAUGGAUCUUCGUUGGAGGCAAAGGUGGUGUCGGAAAAACCACAACCUCUUGUUCUCUCGCAAUUCAGCUUGCCAAAGCUCGCAAGUCCGUUUUGCUCAUCUCCACCGACCCCGCGCACAACCUGAGUGAUGCUUUCGGCCAGAAGUUCGGAAAAGAGGCUCGUCUAGUUGAUGGAUACACAAACCUCAGUGCGAUGGAAGUCGACCCGAACGGAAGUAUUCAAGACCUCCUUGCGAAUGGCGAAGGACAGGGCGACGACCCUAUGGGCGGGCUCGGUAUGGGGAACAUGAUGCAGGAUCUAGCUUUCAGCAUUCCUGGUGUUGAUGAAGCCAUGUCGUUCGCCGAGGUCCUCAAGCAGGUCAAGUCCCUGUCCUAUGAAGUCAUUGUCUUCGAUACUGCCCCCACCGGCCACACCCUUCGCUUCCUCCAAUUCCCCACGGUACUGGAAAAGGCUCUCGCGAAACUUUCGCAACUUUCGUCUCAAUUUGGGCCGAUGCUGAACUCGAUUCUUGGAGCUCGGGGUGGAUUACCUGGUGGCCAAAACAUGGAUGAGCUUCUGCAGAAGAUGGAGUCACUGAGAGAAACCAUCGGCGAAGUCAACACCCAGUUCAAGAAUCCCGAUAUGACCACAUUCGUCUGCGUUUGUAUCGCAGAGUUCUUGUCUCUCUAUGAAACCGAGCGUAUGAUCCAGGAGCUGACAAGCUAUCAAAUCGACACACAUUCGAUUGUGGUCAACCAGCUUCUAUUCCCUAGGCAAGGCAGCGACUGUGAACAAUGCAACGCGCGGAGGAAAAUGCAGAAGAAGUAUCUGGAGCAGAUCGAAGAGCUCUAUGAAGACUUCAAUGUUGUUAGGAUGCCGCUGCUCGUUGAGGAAGUACGAGGAAAGGAGAAACUCGAGAAGUUCAGCGACAUGCUUAUCAACCCUUAUGUGCCCCCGGAGUAA